UUCGGUGCUUGAUAACCCCACCAUGACGCCGCAGUUGAAAUGGAAUGGCAUGGCGGGGCAGGAACCCCGCUGCGCGCGCCCUGACUGAUGGGCAACCACCACUUCAUAUUUUUAUGCGUCACCUUAUUCUCUCCCACCUAGUCACCGACACAGUCACCAUCGUUACUAUCUCCUGAUUCUAGUCCGAUCUCGUUCUGAGCCUCCCCUAACUUUGGUCAUAUCGAAACACCUCCAAUCGCGUGUUUCUAUAUCAACCCUCCCUCGUCAACCGACACGAGUGAUUGCGCGAGAACGAAACCCAACGCCUACGAAAUACAUAUUCGAGUAACUUCAACAUGGCUGACGCCCCUGCUGAGCAAGCUGCUGCCCCCCCUCCCGCCGAACAGGCUCCCGCCGUUAGUGGUGAAGCCGUCGAGGGCGGAGAGGCUGGCCCCUCAAAGAAGGCAUUGAAGAAGGCUGAGGCGAAGGCUAAGAAGGAAGCUGAGAAGGCACGCCGAGCUGCUGAACACGAAGCCCGACAGUCUGCUGCAAAGGCUGCUGCUGGAAGUACCGAAGACCUCGCUAAAGACAACUAUGGAGAUUCCACUCAUCUUACCAAGAUCGAUGCGGAGCGAGUCAAGCUCCGAAACCUGAGCGAUGAGCAUCUCGGCAAGACCAUCAAGCUUCGUGCGUGGAUCCAGAAUGCGCGCAUGCAAGGUGCUAAGAUGGCCUUUGUUGAGCUUCGCGAGGAGCGUGACUGGGCUAUCCAGGGCGUCGUCGCGGCCAGCAGUGAAGGCACACCUGUCUCUAAGCAGAUGGUCAAGUGGAUCGGUAGUCUAAAUCUAGAAGGCUACAUUCUUGUCGAAGCUAAGGUUGUGAAGCCCCAAGAGCCAGUCAAGAGCGUGAAGGUCUCCAAUUACGAGCUACAUAUCUCUAAGUGCUACGUUAUCAGCCCUGGCCCUCAAGUUCUUGGCAUGGGUCUUGCUGUUGCUAACCGGCCUGUUACCAACUUUGACGAUGAGGACGCUGGUGGCCCUGUCGAGGAGGUCAAGGAAGGCGUUGACAAUUUAAGCCUUGAGAACGUCCCUGGUGCCAGCAUGGCAACUCAUUUGAACAACCCCGUUAUGCACAAGCGAGCUCCUGUUCAGCAAGCCAUAGCCGAUGUACGACUGGCCGUUCGCAAGCUGUUUGUCGAGUACCUUGAAGCUCGCGACUUUGUCCAAUUUGAGGCGCCUUGCCUCAUUGGAGCUGCCUCUGAAGGAGGAUCCAACGUGUUCGGCAUGCCCUACUUUGACAAGCAGGCUUACUUGGCCCAAUCUCCCCAAUUCUACAAGCAAUACGAGAUUGCUGGUGGCCGGAAGCGUGUUCUGUGCAUCGGACCUGUAUUUCGAGCUGAGAACUCUAACACCCCUAGACACAUGACAGAAUUCACCGGUCUUGAUCUUGAGAUGGAAAUCGAGGACCAUUACCACGAGGUCCGCGACAUGCUCGAGGGGGUUCUUCUUCAUAUCUUCCGAGGGCUUCAGGAGCGAUGUGCCGAGCAGAUUGCUCUUGUUCGAACAGUUUACCCUUCUGAGGACUUUCUUUUGCCCAAGCCCGGUAAGGAGGUUCGCCUUACAUUCGCUGAGGGUCAGGCACUCCUUAGAGCUGAGGGUCCGGAGGAGUACCGCAACGUCUCUGAUGAAGAGGACAUGAGCACACCGCAAGAGAAGGCACUAGGCGCUCUUAUCCGGGAAAAGUACAGCACCGACUUCUACGUCCUUGACAAGUUCCCCGAGGGUGCUCGACCUUUCUAUGCCCUGGAGGACCCCGAGAAUCCCAAGGUUACUAAUGCCUUCGAUUUCUUUAUGCGUGGACAAGAAAUUCUAUCUGUAUGGCACCCUCUCCUAUAUCGUUUGUCUAGUCGUCACUAACUUGUUCAACAGGGUGGUCAACGUAUUCACGUUCCGGAGACUCUGGAAGCACGAAUUCGUACAAAGGGUAUCGACCCUAAAAGCCAAGGCAUCAAGGAGUAUGUCGACAUUUUCCGCAGUGCCGGUGUUCCCCCUCACGGCGGCGGUGGUAUUGGCUUGGACCGUGUGGUUGCGUGGUAUUUGAACCUUCCAAGCGUGCACUUGGCAAGCUAUUAUCCUCGUACACCCAAGAGACUCUUGCCUUAAGAAGAGGUUAAAAGGACCUAGAAGUUGUAGGAUUUCUAGAAUGUGAGAACUACUAAAAUACAGAUGAGAAAGGGAAACUGGAGAACAAGAGACAAGACUACAGACAGUUCCGGGGAUUAUGACAAAAACAAGAUUUGAAUAUUCCAGCCAAGAAGUUCCCCGUUUGUGUAAACCAGGUCAAAACGGAAUUGUAUUGUAAGCUGGUGAUGACUCGUUUGUAUUAAACACAAUGUAACGAGUGAAGUUGUGAGUUAGAAGAAACAAACAUAGCCAGAACGUCAACAUCAAAGACUCGUGGAGAUUAAAGUGUUCCAGGUAUGAGAUAGGCUGGGUUGGUCUGCUGAAAAGAAGCAACUCCGCAAAUGGAUC